AUGGACCCAAAUAGCAACACCUUUGGGUUGCGACCCGGGAUCACACCAGGUGGCAGUAGUAACAUCAGAAGCAGCAGAAAUAAUAAUAAUAUUAAUAAUAAUAGUAGUAGUAGUAAUGGAACUCAAACAACGCUCCAAAGAGACCUGAACAAUCAAUCCAAAAACUACAUCACCAAUACUACCAAUACUACCAAUACUACCAAUACUACCAAUAUCACUUUCCCUCAAAAACUUCCAGCAUCAAUUCCAAUUCCUCCAUCGGCUGCCUCUUCUGCUCGAGCAGCUCCUCUGUCUUCUGUUCUAUCAUCGGCAGUAUCUGGAACACUUGCAUCCACUUCGGCUCCUUCUUCUUCAUCAUCGUCAUCAUCAUUAUCGCGUUAUAACCUGACUCCUAUUCUAUAUGCAAUGACGGCAACAACUCCAAGCGCUGCCACUACUACUACUACUACUACUACUACUUCACAAGUAUUUCUAGAAGAUGCAGACAAAACAACUAUCAAUAAUGAUGAUAACUCAAUUGACCCCCUGAAGCAUGACUCCUUAUCAAGCUCUCCUGAAGACCCCGCAGUAUCUUCACGUAAAGCUUCGCGAUCUCUUCGGUUGUUUAAAGAAACUGAUGAACCUGAGGUUGUUACUGUUCCUGCAACAGUGCAAAGCCACCAUCAUCAUCACCAUCAUCAUCUUCAUCACCAUCCAUCUCAAAAGCCUUUAAAACAACGACAGCCAUCGUUAUCUCCAAAACCAAUCAUUGGCUCUGUUAAUAGUACUUGUAGUUCUUCUGCUAGUACUAUAAUUGCUAGCUCAAACCUAGGCUCAAAUACAAGCAUAAACACUAUUACACCUACAGACUACUUGGAUAAUCAACAAUCAACAAAUGGACUACUUGUUUCUGAAUUACACAGUGCUACAAAUACAACAGCAAUAGUAACAACAACAACAACAACACCAGCACCAGCACCAGCACCAGCAUCAGCACCAGCACCAGCACCAGCACCAGCACCAGCACCAGCACCAGCACCAGCACCAACACCAGUACCUGCAGUAGACGCAACAACAACAACAACAUCAACUACUUCUAACAUCCCAAUUCCUUCAGCUCCUGCAGAUUCUUUUGAGCAGGACCUUGUGGGUCCCGAAGAUGCAUCUGUCGACUCUUUGGUUUCUUCUACUUCUUCCACAUCCUCUGCAUCUUCUUCUCGCAGAGCUUCCACUUCCCAAGAAGUCUCUUCAGCAACUUACAUUCCUCAUACACCUCGACGGCCCCACCAUCCAGACCAUCAGUCUUCUAGUAGUGGCAAUAGUGGUGGAACAGUAGCAGGGACAGGAGCAGGAGCAGGAGCAGCAGGAGCAGCAGGAGCAGCAGGAGCAGCAGGAGCAGCAGGAGCAGCAGGAGCAGCAGGAGCAGCAGGAGCAGCAGGAGCAGCAGGAGCAGCAGGAGCAGCAGGAGCAGCAGGAGCAGCAACAACUGCUUCUUCUUCUUCUUCCUCCUCUUCUUCCCCCUCUUCCUACUCCUCUUCCUCAACAGUGGUACCACCAGCUAAUAGUACCAGUAGAACAAAAAAUCCUCAAACAACAAUAUCCAACACUACAUCCGACUCCCAAGGAAAUCCAAACCAAAGAUCUCCUGGAUUCUUGGGUGACAUCGAGCCUCAGCCUACAGCUGUUGUUCUUCCUGAAAUUAGAUCUUCCCACCAUCAUUAUCAUCAUAAUCACAAUAAUAAUGAUAAUAAUAAUAAUGACAACAACAAUAACAACCAAACUUACCGCCGCACUUCACCACGUUCUUUGUCCACCCCCAACGAGUCGUCACCACCACCACCACCACCCCCAAUACUAAUCCCACGUCCCACGUCUGUGGACUCUCAACCAACCACCAAUACAGCAGUAGCAACCUCUGAGCAACAUCAACAACUGCAAGAUGAAAUCUCAGAACAAGAUAGUAAUCAAAAUUCAUCUCCAUCUUUCCCCCCAGAAGACGAAAAUCAAGUCUCUGAAAAUGGUUCCAUAGACCAAUCUUCUUCUUCUUUUUCUUCUUCUUCUUCUUCUUCUUCUUCUUCAAACCUCGUUGAGCAGUACCCGUUGGCCGUCGAACUUAAGCCUUUUAAGCACAAGGUGGGCGGCCACACCGCCAUUUUCCGCUUCUCCCAUCGUGCCGUUUGCAAAGCCCUUGUUAAACGUGAAAAUCUUUGGUACGAGGCCAUUGAGUUGCGCCAUGAAGAACUCCUCCCAUUCAUGCCUAAAUACAUUGGAGUUCUAAAUGUCCGUCAUACAGCUCCUGCUGAUGAUCUUCCUGAACCAGCCCAACCGCCACCACCUAUUAUGGUCAAUCAACCUGUGGUUGUUCAACAACAACAACAACAACAACAACAACAACCUCUGGUUUCACAACUACCUCUACAAACCCCGCAGGAACUUGCUCCUACACAAAUACCCACAACACCAACAAAACCUACAACCACAACCCUUGCAUCUGCUCAACAAACAGCAUUAGUACAACAGCAGUCACAGCAAACUUCACAUCUCCCUCCUUCUACUCCUCCUCCUCCUCCUCCUCCUCCUCCUCCUCCUCCUCCUCCUCCUUCAAAUCCAUCUUCAGUCUCUACCUCUUUUCCCCUUCCUGAAGUCGUCCUAGACGACAAUAUGCACAUUGUCCCGGACUCUUUGCUAAGACAUUACUCAAGUUCAUCGGUCCACUCUCAUGAUGACCAUUCUAUGGAUGCAGCUAUUGGAUCCCCGACUCCCACAACUCCUAUUCUUUCCUCUUCAUAUUCGGCUUCCUCCAGUACAUUCCAGUUCUCAUCUAGUCCAGUGUCUUCCGGUGCUACCUCUGUUAACAAGGGACUUCAAGAACUCGUCCUACGAGAAGUUUUUGCACCCAGACGCGUCAAAUGUUCCGGCCCAAUUGCUGCAGGACGCUCACGCUCUGAUUACGAUGGCAUAGCCACCUCUUCAUCUUUAACUUCUUCUAGCGAUCUUUCACGCCAUUUACUUCGCACACGUGCGAUCUCUGGUGGUCACCUAAUGUCACACAAAAGUAUGGACAAUUUGGCCAAGAGCCAAGAUAAACCUGAAUCUUCAAGGGAUGAAAAUUCUAACCCAUUGCAAUCGCCUACUUCUUCAUCUUCUUCACCGUUCUCUUCACUCAAGGUUAACAGUAAUCGCAGCCAUCAGCAUUCUUCGGCUAGUUUGCGUAGAUCAACUGAUAGUAACUUAGAGUCUGUGCGUAGGGAACUGUUAUGGCAUCGUGCUGGUAUGCGCAACUUUGAUACCGAUGUGGCUGUGGAAGAAGAGGAAGAGGAUGAUGAGUCUGUGUUUAAGAUGGAUGAAGAUGAGGUUGAAGAAAAGGAAAAGGAAAAGGAAGAGGAAAAUCCCCAAACUCAAUUCCACCAACAACCAUUACCACAGAUACCUCCAGAACAAGAGCUGCCUUCACAAUCAUUUGUAAAUGAACCACCAAAAAGCCAGUUAACUCAGGCUUUACAAGCAGUACCUAAUUUACCUUCUCCUAGUAUUCCACAAUCUCCCAAGGGCAUCCAAUCGCUUAGCAGUCCUGGCCGUGUAUACACCCGAACUGAACUUUUCAUUCUUCUUGAAGAUCUCACAAGUGGCAUGCACAAACCUUGCGUCAUGGAUCUCAAGAUGGGUACUCGGCAGUAUGGUGUGGAUGCUACACCCAAAAAGCAAGCAUCACAAGCUGCCAAGUGCCGCCAAACAACAAGCCGCGAACUAGGUGUGAGAAUCUGCGGUAUGCAAACUUACAAUGUGCAAACAGGCAAAUACUUUUUCCAAGACAAGUACUUUGGUAGACGAGUACGUGCAGGCCCACAGUUCCGAGCGUGCUUAAAGAAAUUUCUCUACAAUGGUGUGUCUCAGAAAUCAAUCUUGAGACAUGUUCCUAAGAUUCUCGAACGCAUUGCAGCUAUCCAAGGCAUCAUUGAACGGCUUGACGGGUACCGUAUGUACGGUUCUAGUUUGUUGUUGAUGUAUGAUGGUGAUCCUCAAGCACCAAUAAAUGAUCACCAUAAUGGGAAUCACGGACUUGGAAGCAGUAUGGGCAGCAUCUCCAGUAGCAGUAACUCUGGGGCUGGGCCUGUACCUGAAGAGGCACGGCACGAUCCAGGGACUAUUUUAAUUCGCAUUAUUGAUUUUGCGCAGUGUAUUACUGCAGAAGAUGUGUUGCCUCCAGGAACUCUUGCACCACCACAACAUCCAUCGCAACCCGACAUGGGAUACCUUCGAGGGUUGUCAACUUUACAGCGGUACUUGCGUAUAAUUUGGCGCCAGAUUACUGGAGAGAAAUUUGAUGUGGAACGUGCUCGAGAGAUUUUGGCUGCAAACCCUUCGCCUUUUGAUGGCCCUGAUGAGGAGCUGGAUAAUGGAGCAGAAGGAUUUGAUAUUGAUAAAUAUUCAGGGGCCGAGGUUAAUGAAGAAUAUUUGAGAGAAGCCAAGGAAGAGAAACGAAAGGAGCGAGUGAGAAGACGCGUUGCGAGGGCUGCGAGAGUUGGAGAAACUGUAAGCGCAGAGAGUUUAGAGGACAGUGAUGUGUCAGUUUAA